UUCACUUUUUCCCUCCCUAUCGCGCGUCAACAGUCUGGUCGGCUUCUGGGUUUGCGGGGAAGAGAAGCGGGCUGUCUCCGUCCACGCGGCUCCGCCACGCUGCGCUCCCCCAACUGUGUGUGCGACGUGUGUGUUUGGCGGGCGUGGGGGGUUUUCUCCCCCCUCGCGGAGGAGGUCCUCUUGGCCGGAGACCCCCCGCCCCUCUCGGCGUCCUUCUGCUGCGCGUUCCCGGCGGCGGCAGAAGGGGGAGGCGGCGAGGGCGGGCGCCGUCUUGUUGGCUCCCUCCGCCGUCCACGCAUUCUUGAGAAAGGAGCAAGAGCAACAAAGGAGGCCCGCGCUGAGGAGCAGGCGGAGGCGGCCAAACAUCGAGGCCGCUCUUCUUCGCCGCGUCUUCGGAAGUUUGGCAAAAGUUGGCGCAAAGUUUUGGGGAAAGCUGCGGAAGGCGAAGAGCGCGAUCUGGCGGCGCGGCGCGGCGCGGCCCGGCGCCCUCCCCUCGGACACAAAAGCCCCCCCUUUCGGGGGGAAGGGGGGAGACGAGGAGAAAGGAGGUCGGGGGCUGCUGCUGCUUCCGCCGCCGCCGCCUUUGGGAGGAGAGGGGGUCUCGCUGGAUCAUGGCCUCCGGCGGGGCCCUCGCCGAGGCGCCGUUCCCCCGCCUGGCCGUCCCGCCGGCCCUGAGAGUCCCGGGACGAGGCGCCGCCAUCGGGCAGCCCGGUGCGCCUUAGGCGCACGGCGGAGGGAGGCGGCGGCUCGAUGGCCCGCCUGGGGCCCGACCGGUGCCUGCCCUGGGGGCUCGCCUGCCUCUGCUUCUGCCUCGGGCUGGGCGGCGGGGCGGCAGCAGCAGCAGCGACGCUCAACGGCAGCGCGGCGGGCCGGGACGAGGCGCGGUGCAAGCGCGAGGCGCCCUGCGAGGCGCUCCAUCAGAGCGUCUGCCUGGGCUCGCCGCUGCCCUACGCCGCCACCUCAACGCUCCUGGCCGAAGACUCCAGCUCACAGGAGGAGGCGCACGACAAGCUGCUCCUCUGGUCCGGUUUACGAAAUGCCCCUCGCUGCUGGGACGUGAUCCAGCCCCUCCUCUGUGCUGUGUACAUGCCCAAGUGUGAGGAUGGCAAGGUGGAGCUGCCCAGCCAAACUCUGUGCCAAGCCACACGUGGCCCUUGCACCAUUGUGGAACGGGAGCGUGGCUGGCCUGACUUCCUCAAAUGCACCACCAUUCGCUUUCCAGAGGGUUGCCCGAAUGAGGUCCAGAACAUCAAAUUCAACAGCUCAGGACAGUGCGAGGCCCCCCUGGUCCGGACAGACAACCCCAAGAGCUGGUAUGAGGAUGUUGAAGGCUGUGGCAUCCAGUGCCAGAACCCCCUUUUCACCGAAAAGGAGCACCGUGAAAUGCACGUCUACAUUGCCGCCUUCAGCUCUGUUACUAUUUUUUGUACCUUCUUUACCUUGGCCACUUUUCUCGCUGACUGGAAGAACUCCAACCGGUACCCAGCUGUCAUCCUCUUCUACGUGAACGCCUGCUUCUUCAUGGGCAGCAUUGGCUGGCUGGCCCAGUUCAUGGACAGGGCCCGCAGCGAGAUUGUGUGCCGUGCCGACGGAACCAUGCGUUUGGGGGAGCCCACCUCCAAUGAGACUCUUUCCUGCGUGAUCAUCUUCGUCAUUGUCUACUACUCUUUGAUGUCAGGCGUCAUCUGGUUCGUCAUGCUGACCUAUGCUUGGCACAUGUCCUUCAAGGCGCUGGGUACCACCUACCAGCCGCUGGUGGGCAAGACCUCUUACUUCCACCUGGUGACCUGGUCCAUCCCCUUUGUCCUCACGGUUACCAUUUUGGCUGUUGCCCAGGUGGACGGGGACUCUGUCAGCGGCAUCUGCUUUGUGGGCUACAAGAAUUACCGCUACCGAGCUGGUUUUGUCCUGGCUCCCAUCGGCCUGGUGUUGAUGGUCGGUGGCUAUUUCUUGAUCAGAGGUGUGAUGACCUUGUUUUCCAUCAAAAGCAACCACCCGGGCCUCCUGAGCGAAAAAGCCGCUAGCAAAAUCAACGAGACGAUGCUCCGCCUGGGGAUCUUUGGCUUUCUAGCCUUUGGGUUCGUCUUCAUCACUUUCGGUUGCCACUUCUACGACUUUUUCAACCAGGCGGAAUGGGAGCGGAGUUUCCGGGAGUAUGUCCUGUGUGAGGCCAACGUGACGAUUGCUACCCAGACCAAUAAGCCAAUCCCUGACUGCGAGAUCAAGAACCGUCCCAGCCUACUGGUGGAGAAGAUCAAUCUCUUUGCCAUGUUUGGGACAGGUAUUUCCAUGAGCACCUGGGUAUGGACCAAAGCUACCCUCCUCAUCUGGAAGCGCACCUGGUGCAGGCUGACGGGCCGGAGCAGCAACGAGCCCAAGAGGAUCAAGAAAAGCAAGAUGAUUGCCAAGGCCUUCUCGAAGCGCAAAGAGCUGCAGCACAACCCCAACCAGGAGCUCUCCUUCAGCUUGCGCACUGUGUCGCACGAGGGGCCUGUCGCUGGUUUGGUUUUUGAUAUCAACGAGCCGUCGGAAGACAUGUCCUCUGCUUGGGCUCAACACGUGACCAAGAUGGUGGCCAGAAGAGGAGCCAUCUUGUCUCAGGACGUCUCUGUUACGCCUGUAGCGACACCUGUGCCCCCUGAAGAACGGGCCAACUUGUGGCGGGUGGAGGCGGAGCUCUCUCCCAGGCGGGAGAAGAAAGCGAGUGGCAAGAAGAAGAAGAAGAGGCGGACGAAGAAGGAGGUCUGCCCGACGGGGCCCGACGGCGACCUCUGCAACCUGGACCGCUUUGCCCCGCAGCGCCUCAGCUCCGUCCCACGCCUCCCGCAGCUCCCCAAGACCAAGUGCUUUGUCUCCAGCCCCAGGGAGUCUCAGGCCUUGAACAACAUCCUCUCACCGAGGGCCUACCCAGAAUGGCGGCCUGGCACUCGGCCCCAAGAGGACCCAUUCUCCGAAAUAAACCGGGACCUGCACCCUGCCCUCGGCUGCCGACGAAACAGCACUCUGAAUCCCAUCAGCCAUCCCUUCUGCCCGGAUAAUGGCCCUCAGGAAGAGGGGGGACCCGGAAGCAGCGCCUGGCUGUACCCCGGGCAUCAGCAGGCGCUCCCUCACGGCGCCCAUUUCCAGCUUCCCUCCAGGGGUGUGGCUCCGGCCUCUGUCUUUCUUGGCAGCACCCCAUACUGGGCACCGCAGGCUCAAGGGGGGAGGCGAGGGGGCUUGCCCCCCAUCCACUCCAGGACAAACCUCAUGGAUGCAGAGGUGCUGGACAUGGAUUCCGACUUCUAGGAUUUGGGAAGAACCCCUUUUCCAGGGUUGGGUUUUUUUGAGGGGGGGUCAUUUGGUUGUAGAUCAGCCAUGAGUGUCUGUUGGGGGCGAGAAGUGGAUGUUGGACCUUGACGUCUGAUCCACCCACCUUCUCCUCAGAAUGGUCCUCUUGCUUCUGCUCCGUCCGGAGGCCACUUUCGUGCUGAAAUUCAUGAGUGAAGAGAUUCUUUUUAGAGCUCCUGUUUUUGGCCUUUGCACGAAAGGCAAAGCCUUCAUUUCUGAAUGCCGAAAGCGGGGUUUGUCGUGAACCUCAGCCCAUCCCUGGUUGCCUUUUGAGAAUUACUCUCCUUCUCAGUCCCUCGAGGGAACUGGAUUCCUGCUAAAUUUUGCAUGCCCCAGCACAUCUGAGGUCUCCCCACAGUUUGCUGAGGAAAGCAGGCAGGCAGGCCAGGGGUUGGCAUUGCUCAGCUUGGCCCAGGACCUGCAUGGAUCUCGCAGAAUUUAUUUAUUGCUUUGAGGCGUCGAGGGCCAGGGAGGAUUCCCAGCAGCACCAGCAGCCGCCUCUGUGCGGCAAGACGUUAAAGAGGGUCACUAGUCUUCUCUCUGCCCAUCCAAACAGAACCUCGUGGGGGCUUGCUCACGCCCCCAAAUGACUCUUUCAAAUGGAACUUCAGCGCUUGCUUUAGAGCAGAUCGAGAUUCUGUGUCCCAUCAGCAAUGAGCUUUUGCAGAGGGGGGACACCUCCCACCCCAAUGACUGGGUACAAUAGAUUUUGCAGGGAGGGUGUCCUGCAAGGCGCUGGUCACAGGACUUCUGCAGGGGCAGAAGAGCAACAGUUGGCGAUCCAUACUAGUACAGUAGCUGGAGACACAGGGCAGGUGUGGAGAACAGUUUUCAGCCCGUUUUCAGGGCCGCAUUCCCUUCUGGGUAGCCUUCCGGGGGCUGCGUGCCAGUUGUGGUUGGAGCCAGAGGCUCAAAUGAGCAGAGCAAUGAAUAUAAUGUUUACCUUUGUACAGUAGGCUCCUUUGUACACGCACUCACGCUCCCCUUUACCCUCCAUCCAGGCAAGGAGAAGGACUGUCAGAGUUCAAGGACACAUUCGAGCCAGGCAAAAGCACUCUAGGAAGGCAUGAAGCAGAGCCGGUGAGGGGUGUGGCCUGAGGGGAGUCCCAAGGGCCAGCUGGAGAGGUCUGGAGGGCCACAUUCAGCCCCCGGGCCUGAGGCACUCCACCCCAACGUAGGCUCUACGCUGUGUAUCAUAAGCAUUUUACUUUGGACAUCCAGCUCCGCCUUGCCUCUUGCAAAUUAGAUAUUCAGCAGGUAUGGGGUUGCAAGAAGGUCAGGAGGAUUCCAAAAAGGACAGUGAUUUGACAAGGAGAAUUAGAGCAAGUUACAGAUGGGCAUUGGGUAUAUUUGUGAUAAUUUCCUGAAGUGCCCUGUUGACAGAUCCUUGUGGAGGGAAGGGUCUGGGCUCUGGGCUAGAGCACCUGCUUUGCUAGAGAGCUCAGAAGGCCACACAUUCUGUUCCUAGCUAUAGGGUUCCCCAGAUCAGAGCUUGGAAAAGUUACUUUUUUUAAACUACAACUCCCAUCAGCCCCAGCCAGCAUGGCCACUGAAUUGGGCUGAUGGGAGUUGUACUUCAAAAAAGUAACUUUUCCAAGCUCUGCCCCAGAUCUAAUCACUGCUUCUGGUUGAAGGCCUCCGCCAGUCAAGAAGGAACAGUGCCAGACUCUCUGUAACAGGGCUGUACCCUCCCAAUGUUGUUGCACUCCACUUCCCAUCAGCCCUUGCCAACAUGGCUAAAAGUGAGGGAUGAUGGGAGUUGUUGUCCAGAAAUAUCUAGAGCAGCCUUUCCCAACUGGUGUGCUUCCAGAUGUUGUUGGACCACAACUCCCUUCGGCCUCAGCCAUUGGCAGUGCUGGCUGAGACUGAUGGGAGUUGUGGUCCAGCAACAUCUGGAGGCACACUGGUUGGGAAAAGCUGGUCUAGAGGGUCGCAGGUGCCCCAGCCCUGUCCUGUGAGACGGCUUCAUGUGGGACAAGUUUACAAUGGGGUUCACCCUAUUCUGAGAGCGUUUCCCAUAGAAAAGAUUCCUACGGCUUGGGCCACUCUGGAGGACUACACAUCCCAGCAUGCAGUGCUCUCCACCUGUGUCUUGGCUUACUGCCCUUCUCGCUGCCUGAUGGGAGUUGUAGUCCUGAUAUCAUCUGUAAUGAAGGCCUUCAGUCUCAUGCUGUCAUGCAAAGGAUGGGGGGGGGGAGCAACUGCAGUAUUAAUGAAUGCAUUAAUUAACAAAUGCCCCAAUGGUUGGUGAAAAAAACCCUGCUUUGGUAACACAUUGGAAGUAUUUCUGUUGGGAUUGUUGCUUUUUUCUCUUUUGUACUGUCCUUUAACAUGUCGACGUAUCGUGACCAGAGACUUUUUUGUUUUGAUAGCGCCAAAGCUUAGACAUACUAGCCUUUGCAUAGGAAAUGAAUUUUAAAAGAGAAGGUAACAGUCUCCUAUCUGAAGAAACAAUCUCUUUCCUUUCCUAGUUCCAGGGUGAUGGUCUGAAGGCACAUGAGGCCACCACCAUCUUGCUGAAGCUAAGCAGGCCUGGUUGUGGACAGUGCCUGGAUGGGAGGCUACCUGUAAACCACACGUAGGCUGCCUUGGCUUCCAUGAUGGAAGGAAAGUGGGAUAUAACCGUAAGGAAACACAGAAAUGUCAGUAAUACCCAUAGGGCUUCCUCAUAAGUUUUUUUCAUGGAGAAAGGUCCAGCUAAAAGGGGGGAAAGAUAGCUUUAUUUAAGGCUACUUUCCUUUUUAUACUAGCCCCAUUGAUCUGAGAUGGCUUUAUCCACAGUUUCCUAAGCCAAGUCUAUAUUAUCACCCUCUGCAGAACGGGCAUAAUUGUACUGACCUGCCAUACAGGGGUGAUACUUAGGGUCAUACUUAGGGUGCUGGUUCGAUUUUGAUAAAAAUUAAUUGCUGCAGUGCCCUUCCUAAGAAGAGUGAUAAGAAAAAACUAGUCCAUCUGUUAAGCAAGUAAAGUUGCCAUCUCUUGAAAUAAAUUGUAAAAGAUCUGAGA